AUGAGUGGUGCCCGCGAAGCAGUUCGAAUCCGAUGCCAAACAGCUGGUCCGAGUGGAGUUUGUUUCGACGAGGCAUUUCCUCGAGACUCCACCGGUCCAUUGACGAGGCACGGACUCGGCGCGGAUGAUGACAUGCUGUGUCGAGCUAUGCGCUGUUGUAGCGUUGCUUUGUGGGUCAUUUGGAGUGGAGAAAUGACACUUGACGCCUUGAACAAGUCUCACAUCAUCACGUCGUUGUUAUUGCACCAUUUUGCGAACUGUGUCAUGCGACCAGAUCCCUGA